AAAGUUUAAAGUAUCAUGUUUUUUAUGUUAAAAAUAUUUUAUAUUUCUUGUUCUAUCGCGCGCGCGAAAUUGCGAGCCGAAAUUCAGUCGAAGCUACAAGCAUCAUCCGCAUAUUUCGGAUAUAAAAUGUCUGAGUUAACGCAAGUGCAAAGUAAUAAAAUUUUUGGAGGAUGGCAGAAAGUGUAUUCGCACAACAGUGUGCAAUUAGGAUGCAAGAUGAAAUUCGCUGUCUAUCUACCACCCCAGGCUGAAGAAAGUCCUGUACCAGUUAUCUAUUGGUUAUCUGGUCUUACUUGUACCGAGGCUAAUUUUAGUGAAAAAGCUGGAGCUCAGAAAUAUGCUGCGAGUUAUGGUGUGCUUCUUGUUAUACCUGAUACAAGUCCAAGAGGAUUGAAUAUUCCUGGAGAGGAUGCUAGUUAUGACUUUGGCACUGGUGCAGGAUUUUAUGUGGAUGCAACACGUGAACCAUGGAACAAAAAUUAUAGGAUGUACAGUUAUGUUACCAAAGAACUACCAGCUUUGAUCAAUAAAGAAUUUCCAAUUUUACCAGAUAGACAGUCUAUAAUGGGCCAUAGUAUGGGUGGACAUGGUGCUUUAAUAUGCGCUUUUAAAAACCCUGGACAGUAUAAAACAGUCUCAGCUUUCGCACCUAUAAGUAAUCCAAUUUUAUGUCCAUGGGGAAAGAAAGCUUUCUCAGGAUAUCUGGGAGAGCCAGAAGACAAUAUUGCAUGGAAAGAAUGGGAUGCUACAGAACUAGCAAAAAUAUAUGAUGGUCCACCUUUGGACAUUUUAAUCGAUCAGGGCAACGAGGAUCAGUUUCUGAAACAAGGUCAACUGUUGCCAGAGAAUUUAUUAAAUGCUGCCAAAGAUAAUGGGAUAGCAUUAGUUCUCAGAUUUCAGGAUGGUUAUGAUCAUAGCUAUUAUUUUAUAGCUACAUUUAUCGAAGAUCAUUUCAAGCAUCAUAUAAAAUAUCUUAAAAGUUAAGUGUUCUAUAUUAAAUAUUCUAUAUUAUUAUUCUAUUGG